AGAGGCCCAGGGAAGCGGGGGCCAGGGGAAGGGGAGGCGGCGUGGGUGGAGAAGAUGGGAGGGGAAGGGGAGAAAUGGGCGACAGCGAGGAGGGCGCGCGAAAGAGGGGACGGGAGAGGAGAGGCUGGGCUGAAAGCGGCGGGGCGCUGAGUCCGGCGCUCGGAGAAGCGCUUCCGCAGGGCUCCCCUGCCCUGUCCCCUUCCUCUCCUGGCCGGUGGCGGGUGGGUGGCUUGUACCCGAGCGGGGCUGGCCGGGGCAGCUCCCUGCAGGGGAAGCCGCCGGCCGGCGUGUACUGUGGGAGCAGCGGGAGGCUGCCGCCGAGCGGGGCGGGCGGAGAGCGGGCUCGCGUCGGGGUGCGGGGCGGCUUGUUCUCCCGACUCUCCCUGAUGCCCGGCGUGACGCCGGCGGGAGACUGGCCUGGGGGAGCUCGGGGGCUUCUCCUCUAGCAGCAGCCGCCCCCGAGCUGAGAGGCAGCGCCUGGGGGUGUCCCGUCCCCCCGCCCCUCGCGGGCGGCGGAGCUCCCCGGCCGGGGACCCCGACGAAUCGCCCCGGCAUGGGCGCAGGGUCACGGCAGCGCCCCUGGCUCCAGGAGGGACCCCGGCGAAGGAUGCUCUGAUCCUGGCUUGGCUUCGGGGGCUGGAGGAGGGGCUGGGGGUCUGCGCCCUGCCCCCGCCCCCGCCCCGCCUGCAGAGGCAGCUGAAGUCGGGAUGAGCUGGGCUCCCCGUGGCUCGCCCGGGGUGGAAACCCCUUGAGGCUGCCCUCGCCUCCCGUGCCCAGAGCCCCUCUCUGUCGCGCUCUCGCCAGCCUUGGCCGAAGUGAAUGGCCCCCGGUGGAUGUGCACCGCAUCACUGGCUCUGCCAGGGGACAAUGCUAGCCGGGGGGCUGCUGGCCGGCUUCUCCGUGCUCAGCCUCCUCACCUACGGCUACCUGUCCUGGGACGCCCUCGGAUCUAGCCUGGAGACCACAAGGGCUGAGCUUGGAAAGGAGCCAGAGGCCAGCGGACCCACCACUCAGCCUCACAUCGUUUUCAUCCUGGCUGACGAUCAGGGAUUCAGAGAUGUAGGGUACCACGGAUCAGAGAUCAGGACACCAACUCUGGACAGGCUGGCUGCUGAAGGGGUUAAACUGGAGAAUUACUAUGUUCAGCCUAUGUGCACGCCUUCCAGAAGCCAAUUUAUCACAGGAAAAUAUCAGAUACACACAGGCCUUCAGCAUUCUGUCAUAAGGCCUACUCAGCCUAACUGUUUACCUCUGGAUAAUGUGACUCUACCUCAGAAGCUGAAGGAGGUUGGCUACUCAACACACAUGGUUGGAAAAUGGCACUUGGGGUUUUACCGUAAAGAAUGCAUGCCGACAAAAAGAGGAUUUGAUUCGUUUUUUGGCUCACUCUUGGGCAGUGGGGAUUAUUACACUCACUACAAAUGUGACAGCCCUGGGAUAUGUGGCUAUGACCUGUAUGAAAAUGACAAUGCAGCUUGGGAUCAUGACAAUGGCAUAUAUUCAACACAGAUGUACACACAAAAAGUACAACAAAUCUUAGCAUCUCAUAAUCCCAGGUCCCCAAUAUUUUUAUAUAUUGCUUACCAAGCUGUUCACUCUCCACUACAGGCACCAGGCAAGUAUUUUGAACAUUACAGAUCAAUAAAUAAUAUAAACAGGCGGAGAUAUGCUGCCAUGCUGGCCUGUUUGGACGAAGCCGUCAACAAUGUGACCCUUGCUUUAAAGAGGUAUGGUUACUAUGACAACAGCAUUCUCAUCUACUCUUCGGAUAAUGGUGGACAACCAAUGGCUGGAGGAAGUAACUGGCCUCUCAGAGGAAGCAAAGGGUCAUAUUGGGAGGGGGGAAUCCGUGCUGUUGGCUUUGUCCAUAGCCCCCUUCUGAAAAACAAAGGGUCUGUGUGUAAGGAGCUAGUGCACAUCACAGACUGGUUCCCCACUUUGAUCACAUUGGCAGAAGGCCAGAUUGAUGAGGACAUCCAGUUGGAUGGCUAUGAUAUAUGGGAGACUAUAAGUGAAGGCAGACGUUCUCCAAGGGUGGACAUUUUACACAACAUUGACCCUAUUUACACCAAAGCCAAAAAUGGUUCAUGGGCAGCAGGCUUUGGGAUCUGGAACACAGCAAUUCAGUCAGCAAUCAGAGUAAACCACUGGAAACUACUGACAGGAAAUCCUGGGUACAGUGACUGGGUCCCUCCUCAGUCUUUUAGCAAUGCUGGCCCCAAUCGCUGGCACAACGAACGAGUUUCUUGGAUGGCUGGCAAAACAGUGUGGCUUUUUAACAUAACUGCAGACCCAUAUGAGCGAGUGGACCUUUCUGGUAAGUAUCCGGAUAUAGUGAAGCAGUUGUUGCAGAGACUUUCACAGUUCAAUAAGACUGCAGUUCCUGUUCGAUACCCAGCUAAAGACCCUAGAAGUAACCCUAAACUCAAUGGAGGAGUCUGGGGCCCAUGGUUUAAGGAGGAUGAGAAGAAAAAGAAGCCAGGUAAAAUUAAGGGAGAGAAUAAACAAAAGAAGAACAAGAAAAAAACAAGUCAGAAAAAGGGACACUCCUUAAAUUGCCAUUUGCACCUUGCUGGUGGAUAGGAUCAACUAGUGUCAUUGCAUAAGCCUAAGGCAGUCUGCUCCAACUUUCGGGAGCUCCUGACAUUCCACCAAAGUAGAAAUACCAGCUCUGCACUAUGACUGAAUGAAAAGUCUCCCCUUCUGGUUGGUUCUCACAUUAUACCAGCACAAGUUAUCCUGACGCUCUACCUGAAGAAUAUGUAAAUGCCCAUGUGGCAAACAUCGUUCUCUUCAGCACAAAUUAUGUUUUCCCAUCACAGCUACAUUUCAUAUAACAAUGGAAGUAACUCUCAGUUCCAGUAUUUCUCUGUUUGAAGGAUACUUGGUGGGGUUAUUCCAUGCCCAAAAUAGAAUGUAUAUUUCAAUAAUGAUAUGGAAAAGUUACUAGUAGAUAUUCCCAAACUAAUAAAGAUGAUCUAUAGAGAGAUAUAAAACCCAAAAUCUGACUGUCAUUUCAGGUUAUAUUGGGUUGUAGUCACCAUGCUGUGAUUUUUUUUUAAUUAAGCACAGCAAAAGUUUAAGCCCCCUAGGAGUCUAUAUACUUUUUUAAAAAGCUGCUUUUAAUUAAACUGUGUCUGUCUUACAUAAAUUGGAGAUUUUUUUGUGCUCAGUUUCCAAUAAAAACAAAAGCACACACAAGAAUCAGUCAGCGCAUGUCUCAUAUUAUUUACCAUAGGGAUAGGCAGAGAUGUAGUCUUUGAGCACACCACCAAAAUGAAUGUAAUGUUUAUACACUUUAAGUUAACUCUGCUAUAGGACACAAAAUAACGUAAUUUAUUUUACAACAGAAGUCAAUUAUUUCACUUAUAUUAAAGCUUUCCCAGUGGGUGAUGCAAGCCACCUUUUUGUUUGAUUUGAUUUGAUUUGCUCUAUCAUUAGAGAUUUUAUUUUAUAUAUCUAAAUCUGCAUAGUACUGUAAGAACACAAAUUACUGUAAAUACAGCUAAGAUGCAAAAGAAGAAUGAUUCAGGUACAUCAUUUCAUUAUAUAUUUGCCUCCAAUUAAUUUGAAUGUAUCAAAGUGAUUAUUUGACUCAGUAGUCACUUGAAAUAUUAUUGUUCAGUUUCUGUAUGGAAGCUAGACUGGCUUUAUGUUUUUUGGGGGGGGGAGUCUACUUUAAACCUUUUAUUUAUAUAUCUAUUAAAAUAUUUUAUUUUUAUGGCAUU